AGUAACUCUGAAAUUGGUGGUUGGAUGAUUCAUUGACUUCUAAGCGAUGUGUACUGGGUUCAAGCUCCGCUCCAUUUAAGUAGACCAGAGCGAUCGGGUAUUAUCAUAAUCCCUCAUAUGAUGAGUUUACCUAAACGCCCAAUACAUAAAGCUGUUCCGCAUUGACUUAUAGUGACUGAUGGACAAAUCAGUUACUGUGGGUAGCGCCAAGAAAUCCACAUCUUAUCAUUGUAGAGAUUUUGAAAUCCUUAUUAUUGUGCCUUUAUUCCACUUAUUACUGUUUCGGUUUGUCUUAUAGCUUUUUAGCGGUGGAAGAUAUCACUAAGUUCAUUUCUUUCCAUCCUUCCCCUUUUGAUGCUGAUAUGAAAUCUGAAGCAAUACAAAGUUAUAUCGAAGUCUAUGUUAUUUUUAUCCACUUACAUCUUGCAUAGGCUGAAUUGAUGGUCACUAUUGUAACCAGUUUUCGUUAUUAAAGUACUAGUUUUUCAAAACACUGAUCACUAAACUUUUGUUUAUCAAUGUUUUUUCAUUUAGUCUGUUGAUGUGAACUUCUUCAUAGAUAUUCAUGCACAUUCUACUCUAAUGAAUGGAUUUAUGUAUGGAAAUAUAUAUGAAGAUGAAAAAAGAGCCGAAAGACAAGCUACAUUCCCGAGUUUAUUAAGUCAGUUCGCUGAAGAUUUUAGUCUACCACAGACAAAUUUUAACAAAGAUAGUGUCAAAGCUGGAACUGGUCGACGUACAUUAGGUGGGAUUCUGGAUGAUCACACACUUUGCUAUACAUUGGAAGUAUCAUUCUAUAGUUAUACUGAUAUGCUGACCAAUGAAAUGAUUCCGUAUACGGAAGAAAAAUAUGCUCGAUUAGGUAGGAAUUUGGCUAGAACAUUUUAUGAAUAUUAUCUGAAUGAAGGUCUUUUGUAUAAAACACCACAUAAUGUUGACCAAGCUUUUUCUCCGGGACAUAUUUCAACAUCAAUUAGUACUCUUGACGACUCUUCAAAUACAAAUCAGAUACGUACUAGUUCAGAAGGCAAUUGUGGCCAGCAUCAUAAAAACCGUGAUCAAGGUGAUAGUACGGUUGAUGAAGCACACAUUGUUCAACCUACAUCGUCUAGUUGUUUAAAAGACAGAUUAAAAUAUGAUUAUGAUCAGCUAAAACGUUUAAAUCAGACACUGAAUUCGUUGAGUUGGCGUACAAUGUCGAAUUCCUUUUCAAAGAAUGCAUGUCCAGUUAAACCGAAAUCAAAUGAAAAGAGUUGAGAAGUGAUUAGAUCGAAGAGUUCUUUGUUGAAAUUGAAAGAUUCUACAACAUCAAAAUGUAGAAAAGGAAUGUCAUUUAGUGUAUAAAUUGUUUUCGUCUGUUCAUGCCCAUCAGGUUACUUGAUUGAUAUAACUGAAUAUGCCACGAAUGAUUACACAAUAGUGAAUAGACUAAACAUUGUGGAUAUAUA